AUGUCGAUGAGUGUGGCCCGUUUGGCUUACUUCCGGAGACAUGUCGAUGAGUGCGAACCUCUGGCCUACGUCCGGAGACAUGUCGAUAAGAGUGGCACGAUGAGUGUGGCCCAUUUGGCCUACGUCCGGAGACGUAUCGAUGAGAGUGGCCCGUUUGGCCUAUGUCCAAAGAUAUGUUGGCGAGUGUCGCCUGUUUGGCCUACGUUUGGAGAUGUGUCAAUGAGAGUAGACUAUUUGGCUAACGUCCGGAGACGUGUAGAUGAGUGUGGCUCGGACGUGUCGAUGAUUAUGACCCGUUUGUCCUACGUCCGGAGACGUGUCAAUGAGAGUGGAUCGUUUGCUUGGUUGGCUGAUCUUUCUACUUGGCAGACUUCUUCGCGGUGA